AUGACGGCCUUAUCAACAUCAUCAUCAACACCCUUUUUCACUUCACAUUCAUUCUUGUUUUCAGAAGCAGAUGACGACAGACUGGCGCAAAUCCUGUACAAGAAUGUUCGAGUCUUGUGCUGGGUUCUGACACAACCAGCUCAUCUGGAAAACAAGACCAUACACGUGAAAACCACGUGGGGAAAGCGGUGCAACAUCAUGUUGUUCUUUACGUCGAUGCCCAAUCAAACCUUCCCCACCAUUGGUCUCUUCGUGCCAGAAGGCAGGAAAUACCUGGUCCAAAAGACAAUGAAAGCUUUCCAGUAUGUAUUUGAAAACUAUUACUACGAAGCUGAUUGGUUCCUGAAAGCUGAUGACGACACUUACGUCAUCUUGGAAAAUCUACGUUACUUCUUACUAGACAAGAAUCCUAACGACCCCGUGUAUUACGGACAACAUUUUCAUAAGUAUAUAGAUCAAGGUUACAACAGCGGUGGUGCUGGCUACGUUCUCAGUAAAGAAGCGUUACGUCGUUUGGUUAUAGACGGAAUGAACGCAGAUGAAUGCGUUAUGAGAGGCGCAGAAGACGUUCGAAUGGGUAAUUGUCUCAGUGGUAUUGGAGUGAAAGUCGGAGAGACGUCCGAUGCCUUAGGGAGGAGUCGGUUCCAUGCAAUCAUACCAGAACAUGUUAUAUUAGGACAAUUUAUGACCUGGUAUGCGAAUUUUACUAGCACGCAGGGGGGGAUGGAAUCUUUAAGUAACUAUGCGAUAACGUUUCAUUAUGUUGGACCACUGGCCAUGCAAGAAAUGGAGUAUUUUCUAUAUUACCUCAGACCGUAUGGUAUACAGAGGGGAAUGUUUAAUAUUAAUUGA